AUGAGUACCGAUUCGUUGCUCAGCAUCGAUUCACUAUUGUUGGCCAACAUCGAUGCUGCCAGUUCUUCUCACUGUUCCCAGCAGUCGUACACGCCUGACGUCUAUCGCAAGCCGUUGUCUGGAGGUAGCUUUGACGCUGUACAGAAGGCCAUGGCAGCCGUUCGCAGCAGCGGUGGAAAAAGCGCAAAAAUGAUCUGGAACAAAGGAACUUUGCGAGCGAACCAUUCUAACGGUAGUUCGCUGCAUUCUUCAACUUUCACGACCAAUCGCCACAGCCAACUCAGCAUUGGCAGUUACGGUUCGCAGGAGGCACUUCCGAGUGCGGUACAAAUCAUGCAUAGAGCUUCGCUGUACAUUUUCGGUGACAAAAACCAGUCAAAGAUUUUGAAGCUUGAUCCGAAAUGCGAGUUUGUGCCUGUUGAGUAUCCCCAGACGCAUAUGAUCAAGGAGGUGUUUAAGAAGUUUCUUCGUGCAGUGGUUCCUGCCGCAUUGCCGAUGAUCAGCGAUGGCCCUUACUCUCCCCUCAAAGCUCUGGAGGAGAGCGGCUGGCAUCGCCAGAUCCAAUCGUUGCUGCAUAUCGCAAAUGCCAUUGUGGAUGUGAUUGAUCUGCAGAAUUCGUCUGUAGCCGUUUGUCUGGAAAAUGGUUGGGAUGCCACCACUCAAGUUGUGUCAAUAUCAGAACUGCUGUUGGACCCAUUUUACAGAACAAUCGACGGGUUCAAGGUGCUCAUCGAGAAAGAAUGGUUGGCUUUCGGUCAUCGUUUUUCACAUCGUUGUAAUCAUACAGCUUCUACUGCUGCCAGCGGAUUCGCCCCUGUGUUUUUGCAGUUUUUGGACGUGGUCCACCAGAUUCACGUGCAGUAUCCAGCAGCUUUCGAGUUCAAUGAUUUUUACUUGCGAUUUUUGGCCUUCCAUUCGUCUUCGGCGUACUUCAGGACUUUUCUUCUAAAUUGCGAAUCUGAUCGAGUGGAAAGCGGACUUUUGCAGUUCGACUGCAAGCCAAGACCUCGCCCUGAAAUUGCCGUGCCUGAAGAUAUUGGAGGAAAUUCAUCAGUGACCGGUCAAAUUCCCCAUUCUCUUGGGAAGGCAUCUGCCAUCACGAACGUGUCCAUUUGGGAUUAUAUUGACGAGAAGCAUCGCCGCAGUUGCGUAUUUUAUAAUUUCCUGUACAGCAAGGGCCGCUACUCCGUACUUCGUCCGCAGUUUACAUUGGCAUCAUAUGAUCUGUGGGAAUUUUACACAGAAGAUCCUAUUUCUAUCGGAUCUCCGUAUGACUUAGAAGUCGUUGAGACCGAGUUAUUGGAGAGGUCAGCCGAUCGAUCAGAUAAUCUCUCGGAUAACGUUUCGAUAUCAUCGACGACUGGACAUCGGAUAAUUGAUCCCGGCUACGAUUCUAUCAUCCAUUCGCAGCCCAACUGUUUCUCGACCUUGUUAGAGGAGAUAUGCAGUUUACAGCGAGAAUUAGAUGUGCUUCCUGAACACUGGGAGACAGUCCUAUUCAAGAUAUAUCUGUCGCUGGAAGUGCAUGAGGAAGAGUCGGCGCAGAUCAGCUUCAUCGGUGAAUGGGCAAGAUGGUUGAGUCGAACUUUGCACAAAAAAUCUACAAUCGAACUUCUGUUGCGCGGUCGUAUGGCAACACAAGCGCUAGGCAAACUGUCUAGAAUCGAAAGUGGACAGCGGCACAAUUUCGUCAAAUGUAGUUUCACUACUCCAGAACACUGCCAUGUUUGUAACCGAAUUAUCUGGGGCGUUGUUAGACAAGGAUUGAAAUGCUCGGUCUGUGAUUUUGUUUGUCACGAAAAAUGCGCCUCUGUCAAUUCCCUCACGUGCAAUCGCUCAAAAGGCAGCGACUCGGUGUCACCUCAGAGUUCGGCGAUUUCUGCAGAAGAGUCGCGCGUCCCAGAAAACGCGGAUGAUGUAGGCAGUCUUUACAGUCAGGUUCUGUCCGCUGAAACUAGAACUCACGAAGGUUACCUGAUGAAACGCGGAGCUCUGCUUAAGGCAUGGAAACAAAGGUGGUUCGUUUUGGACAGCAUUCAACACCAGUUACGAUAUUAUGAGUUCAUGGAGGAUUCGCAUUGCAAAGGUUUCAUCGAUCUCGGAGAAAUUAUUGCCAUUGGACCGUCGGUGUCAUCUCCAGGUUCGCCUAGACCGGCAGACACUUCUUAUUUUGAGCUUCGUACGACCCGUCGGUUGUACAGCUUUAUGGCUAACAACUCUCGUGAAGCUCAGGAAUGGAUAGAGAAGAUUCAGUCGUGUCUUCAGUAG